AGGAACUUAACAGGUGGAAAAAUGGUCAACAAUUUGAUCUUCCUUCAUGGAUCACUCCCACGAUGAAAUUUGUAACAAUUUCAAAUCUAUCAAAAGCAGUUCCUAUAGCCAAGCGCAUAAACAAGCUGGACAAUUGA